AAACAGCUCCAAAUAAUCAAGGGGGUUAGUUAAAUUUGCUAUUUCAACCUGAAUUCCGGGUUGGGCAGUGAAUGGGGGAAGCAUGGGUGCUGCGGAAUUUGUGGGCUGCCAAUCGGGAUUUGCAAGCACAUCCGGAAGGGUACUAGGGGCUCUAUGGGCCUGUGUGCGAAUUCUUGGUGGUUGCGGGACAAUACUUGUGCUCGCCACUGCACCAGCUUGUACUGCACUUAUGGGACUCGCCACGUCACCGAGUGAUACUGCAGUGCUGGUAUGUGAAAGACCAGGAUGUACUAGGCUGCUGGUGCUCGCCAGUUCACCAAAAGGUAGCGCGGCAAUACUAGCAAUGUAGGUUUAUUGUGCAUGAACAUG